AUGUUGAGCAGAAGCUAUUGCGCUGUGGAGUUCCACAUUGGCACGAGUUGGAAUAGCUACCCCGUGAAACUAUUUUCUUCCUUGGGCCAUGAUCACCCUGUGCUUCGAGAAAGGGCGUGUGUCUUGUGCCCGCUUUCACAGCUCCUCGUUUCAGUCUAUGAUCCCGACGACUUCGACAACAACGAAGUCCAGAGUGUACUGGCAACCCUAGCAAGCGUCUACAGGUUGGACAUCGCUGAUGUGGAGGCCAGACACGCAUCGACAAGGAGAAUAACCUCUCUGAAGGGCCUGCAAACGACGGUGCCACAUUUAACAAACAUCUCUGCCGAAUGGGUCGUGCGAAGCAAUCUGAUUUGCAGAGGCGAAGUCUUGCCGCAGUCCGCAGGGGCCAGUGAGGCCAGUGCUGCUGGGCAGGAUAGCCAAUCUCAGCGGGAUGUCAGACGGAACCCCUGGAAUGCAUUCCUGAGUGCCAGAUGCAGUUCGCCGUUCCCGCAGGACAUGGCGGCCCUGCGAGAAGAGUACCACGCUCUUGCUCCUGAAGAGCGGCAGAUGUACGAAGAGAUGGCGAAUGUUGCAGCUGCAGCAAAGUUGAGAGAUCUCCAGCCAUACCACAAAGGUGUUCGUGGCAGUGAUUCUCAUUCAAUUGCCGGGCAGCCCGAGUCUGACGCCAGGGCUUUGGUUCCGCUCUGUGAGCCCUACGAAAGUGCUCAGCGAGACUUAGCGUGUGCGGGCCAAGUGGCUUCAGAUGUCCUUUGCAAGCAGCUUCUAGACGCUCUGUCUGUGCAGAACCAGGAGCACCAGCAGCAGGCACUUGCUUUGCGAAAGCGGGAAGAAGAGUGUGAUAGAUUGCGUGCUGAAUACACACAGCAAGAUGCAGUGUUGAGACACACUAUGUCCUGCUGUCCACCCAUGCUCGAUCACUGCGCUCCCGCUCUGAAUGGUCUCCUUUCCGAACUGCUUGCUGACGGAGAACGCAGCCGUCUGCGGGCCGGCCUUCUGGAGGCAUGGGAUGCUUUGCACGAUAUGCGCUUGCAUGACGAAGAGCCGAAGAUCCAAGACAACUCAAGCAGCAUGCCUUCGCUGUGCAACCAGCUCGGAUUUUGUGUCUGCGAAGAGGGCGGCCUAGGGAUGAAAAGCUGGCUUUUUCAUCGCCGCCUGACCGUCUUCCUGAGAUCUGUGUUUGUUCCGAGGCGGACCAAGCGGAAGCAAGACGACUCUGGGCGGAUGGUUCCUGUGGAGUUGACUCCUGCGCAGCAGCAAUCGCAGGCGAAACUGAAGAGGCAACGAUCCUUGCUCAACGAUGCUUUCAUUGUCUUGAAAAUUGAAGCUUCCAGCAAUGAUGUUAUCACCGAUGUGCUGCCUAGCGAAACAUAUGUGCACAGCUCUUGGAGGCGAAUGGCCCUGAACCCCCUCCAACAUGGUCCUUCUUGCCUCUGGUUGCACAUUGGCCACGUGAAUUUCUCCACCUGGACCAUGGGCUUUCUGAAGCUGCACGAAGUAGACAGGAAUGAGAAUGAGAAUGGUUACACUCGGCUGAGAGUGGGAGAUGUGGCAGAAGCAUGCCACUCUGUGAGAACAUUCUUCGAGAGCCAGCAGGACUUUGAUGUCAACUGGCGCUGCACUGUUCAUCAGAUUUUAGCCAACAACGACAUCUUGAUCCGGGACGACAUGUGCUCAGACUGGGUGCUGGUGAAGGAGCUUGCAGAUCUCCCAGUAUUUGAGUUCUGGCAAGGUUGGUUGGCCGAAAAUGCCAAGCACCGCGAGGAACAAAAGAGACGAUCGUCUGGAAAGUCGAACUCCAAGAAGCGGGAGGCUCCCGCAGCUCCUGCAGCGGCCGCGCCGGCAGGCAAGAAAGCUCGAUCCACCCAAGCACAUGCUGAUGCGGAGAUUCCUGUGGAUGCCGACGACGACUUGGGUUUCGACGAGGGCGGAAAUGCUGAGCAGGAUGAUGUGCACCUGAUGGAAGAUUCUGGGGAUGAAAGCCAGGCCGAAAGCAUUUCUCUGUCAGAGCUUAUAAAUGCUGCGGAUGCCGGGCCUGACAGCGACCUGGAGGGCGACAAUGCCAAGGACAAGGAAGACUUGGCUGAUGCCAGUGCGGCGUCUGCAGUCCCGCGGGCAGCUGCUGAAGCUGAUGAUGUGGCUUCUGCAGACAUCUCAGCACGGGGCCCUGCUGACAGGGUUCCUGCCGGACCACGACGUGAUCCGCGACCCACCCUGCUUGCUUCUUUUGAGUCAUGGGGCGACCUUCGUUACAACGAGGAAGCGGAGCACAUCAUGGCUGUGUGCCCUUUGCAUACCAACUGCAGACGCACUAGAACAGUGCACCCUUCAAGCACAGCAAGGAACCCGGGCCAGGGCCGGCCCAUUGGAUGGCUGUGCUGUUGGUUGCAACUUGCCGACCGCUUUUCAACGGCUGCAGAGCACACGAGCCAAGAAGCAUUGAAGCUCAUUACUCUCGAAGGCAGGCGGCAAGCGCGAGAACGGUUCAUGCGUUCAGAGAGUGGUCGUGGUUUGGCGAGGCACGAGCGUGCACGAUUUGAUCAUGAGCUGCAUGAUGAGCCUGAUGCGAUGACUUGA